GAGGGACCCCGGGCCCCUCUUCCAACAGAGCCUCAACUUCCCAGACUGCACCGCUUCUUACUGCACCGCCAUAUUGCCUUCGCCUAAACGCGCUGGCAGGAUCGGCUCGUGCCCACAAUUGUAAAAUUGUUGCAGUGAUGACUCAGACAGUUCAGACCAACGGGGUUCAACCCCUCAGUAAGACCUGGGAGCUGAGUCUGUAUGAGCUACAGAGAACACCACAGGCACAGGAGGCUAUAACAGAUGGACUGGAGAUAGCAGUGUCGCCCAGGUCCUUGCACAGCGAGCUGAUGUGUCCUAUCUGUCUGGACAUGUUGAAGAACACAAUGACAACCAAAGAAUGUCUGCACCGCUUCUGCGCUGAUUGUAUCAUCACGGCUUUGAGAUCUGGUAAUAAAGAGUGUCCCACCUGUCGUAAGAAGUUGGUGUCUAAGAGGUCACUGCGUCCAGAUCCUAAUUUUGAUGCCCUGAUAAGCAAGAUCUAUCCCAGCCGUGACGAGUACGAAGCCCACCAGGAGAGAGUGUUGGCCCGAAUUAGCAAACACAACAACCAGCAAGCCCUGUCCCACAGCAUAGAAGAGGGGCUGAAGAUCCAGGCUAUGACCAGACUGCAGCGUGGGAAGAGACACACGGUGGAGAACGGUAGCGGAGCAGAGGACAACGGAGACUCCUCCCACUGUAGCAACGCUUCUGUCCACAGCAACCAGGAGGCAGGUCCAAGCAUCAAGCGCACCAAGACGAGCGACGACAGCGGAUUGGACAUGGAUAAUGCUGCUGAGAACGGGGGCGGGGACUCUGUGAUCGACGGCGGUGCAAGUGAAAUAGAACUGGUGUUUAGGCCACACCCCACCCUGAUGGAGAAGGAUGACGGUCACAACAGUGUGGAGUUUGUCCCUCGCUACAUUAAGACGUCCGGUAACGCCACGGUGGAUCACCUGUCUAAAUACCUGGCUGUCAGACUGGCUCUGGAGGAGCUGAGGAGAAACGCAGAGGCCAGUCCUGUUAAUGUGGAGGCAGCUUCAGAGAAACAGUACACCAUCUACAUACCUACUGCUGGAAACCAGUUCACUGUCCUGAACGGUUCCUUCUCUCUGGAGCUGGUGAGCGAAAAGUACUGGAAGGUGAACAAACCCAUGGAGCUCUACUUUGCUCCGACUAAAGAACACAAGUAGUCACAAAAACACACACAUGCUUACACACACACACACACACACACACACACACACUCACACUCACCAGUAGGAAGUAAACACAUGGACUCUGCUACACCUGCACACACAGAACCGAGAGGAGAGGAAUGUGUGUGUCUGAAGGAGAUGAGAGGGCUUGUUAAACCCUCUAAAGGACUCUUGUACAAAGAAAAAAAACUUGUUUUAUAUUCUCUGUAUCUUUCUGUGUCUCUUUCUAUCUUUCUCUCAGUAGAAGGUAGCAGAUCAGUACAGCAGCCAGCAGCUCAAUCAAAACUCGAAUGGACUGCUGACAGUGGUUGUAGAAAACCAGGGUCCAUGCACAGUCUGAACUGAAUGUGCUGUUAUCCAAGUAAAACGUAUUGUCUGUGUUCGUCUACAGCAGAGGCCCCCGUACAGUCUGUGAUCUGACUCUGUGCCCGACACAAGUUUCACAACUGACACGGGAGAAACACAAAGCAUGGCCGUCUGUCCUAAACCUGGGUUCUCACUGUGAGACCAGAACCAGGAAAUUUCCAGCCGUGUUGUGAGAAUGGGACUGCUGCUGGAAAAUGGCAUAAAAAGAUGCAGAAUACACAGGCUGACAUGAAUACUGUAAACGCCCCAUAGACACAGAUACUGCAUCAGUGUGUGCUGAGGGCCACAGUUCAAAUUUGAUUGGUACCUGAGAAAUUGACCGUUAAAUUUCACCACAACUGAGUUCUUGUUGUUGAACAUGUAAAGGUCUAGUGUGUAGGAUUUGGUGGCAUCUAGAGGUAAAGCUGCUGAUUGCAACCCCUUCGCCUCACCUUCUCAGUCUCUAAGGAGGAACUACAAUGACUAAUGUGAAUGUGAGUCCAUGAAGGAAGACCCAUGCCAUCUGUAGAUAUAUAGCUUCAUUCCCAGGUAACAAAAACAUAAUGACUGUUAUUUUCAGGUGAUUAUACACUAAUGGAAACAGAGUUCUGAAUAUUCUAUUCUGUAAAUAGAGCCCCUUAAACCUGACACACUAGACUUAAAAAAAAAAAAAAAAAGUUCUGUAUUUAUGUGGUUUUUUUUUUUUUUUUUUUUGUCCGGUUUCUCGUUGUUCAUCUGAACUUGUUAUUCUUGGACCAGUCAGGCUGGAUUAUCCUUGUUAGUCAGUUGAAGCUUCUCACUGUGAGUUCCAUGAAUCCAGGAGAACCAGCCUGACGUUUAGACCGGCGCUGUCCGAGCAGCUCUAAUAUAUGAUUGAUCUGAAAAGGUGUGAUUACUUGGAAUGAGCUACUGGUCAUACCACAAACCACAUGUAUGCAGACAGUGAAAUAUUUGAACGUUAUGGAGUCAGUGAUUUAAUCACAGUGUACGGGGGCCACCUGUCAAACCAUGACUGUGCGUUCACACUGAGGACAGUUCUGACAGCAGCGUGUCCAGCUGAAGCAGGCCCGUGCGUUUUCUUUUCUCAUCUCUUUGUUUUUUUUUUUCGGUAAUGUUACAGCAGUCCUCUAAACUUUCUCUUCUUUGACGUGUUUGUAGUCUUUGAAUAAAACUAGAGAGCGGUGAAGGUUGGAAUGGUUGCAAUCUGUGAAACUGAGUCACUCUGACUGGGAACAAUGAACGCAGCUCUGGUCCCCACUUUGAGCGCUGUGCUGUCAGUGUGAAUGCAUGAUAACAAUCCAGCGCUCCAUCAGUGGGGCUUAUCUUACUUUACUUUGUAUAAUCCGGUCGGGGUUCCGUGUACAGCAGAGUCACUUGUGUCAGACUCAUGGGGAACCCUGAAUCUCGUAGCUGUUGUCUUGAUCUGUUGCCUGUAGGAACAAACUGUCUAAUAUCUGUGGCUGCUCUCUUUGGCUUGUCCUUUUAUAAAUGUCUUUUGUAACAUAGAGAGGAAGGUGUGUGUGUGUGUGUGUGUGUGUGUGUGUGUGUGUGUGUGUGUGUGUGUGUGUGUGUGUGUGUGUGUGUGUGUGUAAUUGGAGGCGGGUGGGGUGGGUAUUUUUUGAAGCACCAUGGACAGUCAGACCAUUCACAAACCCACUCCAACGCAGCACUGACUCACCACGGGAAAGUGAUUGUCUCUGGAGUGUUUUCUCACCUUCACUUGUUCGACGUAAAGAAGGGGCAGAGCACGACACUCAAACAGUCUUCAUCUACAGCAACAGCACAUCAGGGUACACUUGUUUUUGUCCUCUUUCUUUACGAGAGCCGGCACGUGGUGAGGUUUUGGUUCAGAUUGUUUCUGGCUCCAUGUAGCUAACCGAGGGCUCCACAAACAUUUGUGACAGUUUAAAGGCAACUUUGCUAUUUUUCAACCUCCACUGAGUGACUGAUGUGGACUAUUGUUUGAACUCUGUUCAGUAUUGAGCCAAAGUGCUGCAACAUAAUCCUUCAGGGCAGUUACGCACUGUCAAUGUCUGUCUGCUAAAACACUGUUGUUGAAGUGUCUGACAACGUUAUGGAAAGGUUUGCAAAGUUACAACCUAUGUUAUCCAGCUGUUCAAAGCCGCCAGACUGAAGUGGUCUUCCCUCAUAAAAAAUCUAUCCUACGUCUAGUGGAAAUAAAGUGGCUGAGUUUGAUGUGAAAAUAUCAGCCAAAAUAUUCUCACAUGUAACUCUGAAUGAGACACAGAAAGAAGACCAGGUGAGUCUUCUUUUGUCUCUGUGAGGUCUGUAUGAAGUGUUCAUAUGUUAUGAGGUCAAUGGAGUGCGGUGGCUCCGAACAGAAUGACAUCACAUUGUGGUUACACAAAAAAAGAUGUUGCUCUUGAACCAGUGGAUCUGGCUCCAUAAUGUUUUCUGUUGACACUUAGAAUGAGUGUGAGCCUGUCAGCAGCAGAAACAUUUGAGUGGACAUUGAUGGUGUGGUGAAGGAUCAUGCUGCAGACUGAACUUUGAAGAACUGUUGUCCCCACUUCCCCACACAACACGAAAACAUGAGAAUGGUGUCCAGGUUGAAAAAUCCUCAAGUUCUCCUUUCAGCAUGUGAGAGUCAGAGUGAGUGAAUGUGUUUGUAUCAUGAAAAGAUGUUUUUUGUUUUUUAACCAUAGCAGAGAAAUGUAAUGUUUGCAUGUAUGAAGCUCCUUUAUGCUGACGAGCAGUAUUUCAAAUAGAAUGCAAGUUGUUGUCGUCAAACAUCGUGUGGCUGCUGACGACCACCAGGGGGCCGAUACACUAAUCAUGAGUGACUGAAUGAAUCGAUGAGUGUGUUGAUGCAUCAGAUGAAACGAGGCCUCAGCAGAAGAAUCUCAGUAUGUCAGAAGCUGUAACCCUUUUCCUUUCUUGUCAUUCCCACACAACAUGUUCAGAGUGCAGUCCACAUGGAACUCACUGAUCUCAUCCAGGACGUCAGGCCACUGUCGGCUAUGUUACACUGACAAGCACAGUGUUGUCACAUUCUUGGAUAAAUGUUUCACCCCGUUACAUGCAGCCCAGUUUCUGGUCCAGUUCAGUCAGUUUCUGUCCCACCGUUUCCUAAACUAGAAACCAGCAGCAGCCGUCACUGAUGAUCCAAAUCAUCUGUCGCUUUGUCAAACUUUGAUCAGUUCUGUCUUUUUAAAAAAGGUCAUACCUGGAAUUUGAGAUAUGAUUAUUAGUUCUCGUUCUAGCCAUUAAUGUGCCAAUGAACCCACAGGGGACAAAGCCAGGGGCUUGAUGGGAUUUCUAGCUUUAGGAAAGAGGCUGUGAUGCAAACUAAACUGCCCAAACUAACAGGAGUGUGUCAGAGGUGGAGGUGGACUGCUCCAGUCACAGCUCAGUGAGGCUUCAGCCUCAUUUGGUCUCUGUGUAUCUGAUUAGCUGUCUGUGUGUGUGAACCUGUAUACUGCAUCUUUCUGUUUGGACAAUAAACCUGAAUCUGUGUGUUAAACAUGGAGCGCU